CAUCGAAUGUUCUAGUGGGUCAGAGAAAACCUUUAGAAGGGAAAGCUCCUGGGGUCAAAUCUGUCAUCGCCCACCGCCCGCCGCCCACCCCACUGGGGAGGAUGAUAAGGGUUUGAGGUCUGUGACGUCUAUGGAAUGGCACACAGCUACGGACUGCAUGCUGCUACUUGUGAGGUUCCAAAUGUUCUACCAACAUGCUGGUGUUAUUUCAUGCCCACUCCUAUUGUCUUCUCCCCACUUCAUCCCUCCGUCUCUUCUCACCUCUCUGUCCCUAUCCCUAGCCUAGCCACGCCAUCAUCCCACUCUCCUCUCUCCUCUGAACGAAACAUCCCAUCCUCUCACCCUUCCAGCACGAUCUCACCCUCCCCCCCUUCCCCCCCAGCAUUGGCACGUCUUGUGUUGCUGCCUGUGUCAGUUGCCAUCUGCCGUUACAGCCACGCCAUCAGAGCAUCACAACACUCUCCUUGACUUGAGCCCUCCAUCCCUCUCAUCCUCCCAUGCACCCCCACCACUCUCCCUCCUUCCAUCCCCAGCGCUGACUCUCAUCGUGCUUAUCCCCGUGGCAGCCGCCAUCCGCCACUACAGCAACGCCAUCAGGGCUCUCUCGAGGGAUGCUCAGGCUGCUGCUGCCAGCGCUGAUGCCGUGGCAGAGGAGGUGCUGCGUGGCAUGCGCACGGUGCGCUGUUUCUCCCAGCAGGAGUCGGAGCACAACCGCUUUGCACUGCUCAGCAAGCACUGCAUGCACAUGGGGGUCACACUCGCGUUCCGAGUGGGGCUGUUAUCAGGAGCAGUGUACGCGGGAGCAGGGCUGAGUGUGGUGGCCGUGUUUGCCUAUGGGGCGUACCUCUCAGCCUCUGGCGCCAUGGACCCGGGGGCUCUCUCCUCCUUCAUACUCAUCGCUAUCACCGUGGGGUUUUCCCUGGCGAAUCUGAGUGGCAUCUACGGCACGAUAGUGAGGGCCAUGGGAGCAGCAGAGCGGGUGCUGCACAUACUCGACAUGCACCCAAGCAUGCCGCCCCAUGGCAACAGAUGCCCGCCCAUGAGCAGAGAGGGCACAUGCCUGCUGUUUGAGGGGGUGUGGUUUGCAUACCCAUCGAGACCACAGCAGUGGGUCAUCAAGGGCGUCCAACUCGCACUGCCAUGGAGCCAUACACUGGCUCUCGUGGGGCCCAGUGGCGGGGGCAAGUCCACCCUACUGUCGCUAGCCCUUCGUCUGUACGACCCGUGUGCGGGGCGCAUUCUGCUGGCGGGGGUGCCGCUGCCAGACAUCGACAGCCACUACCUGCACGCCAAGGUGUCGCUGUUAUCCCAGGACCCCCUCCUGGUGAGCCGCUCAGUGGCGGCCAACAUCAGCUACGGCAUGGCCACCCCCGUGCCCCUGGCUGCCAUCCACCGCGCUGCCAUGCAGGCCAACGCCCAUGACUUCAUCACCGCCCUGCCACAUGGGUAUGACACGGAGGUAGGGGAGAGGGGCGUGCGAUUGUCAGCGGGGCAGCGGCAGCGCAUAGCCAUAGCGCGGGCGAUGCUACUAGACCCGCAGCUGCUCUUGCUGGACGAGGGCACCGCCGCGCUCGAUGCUGACAGCGAGUACCUCGUGCAGUCAGCCCUUGAUGAUCUGAUGAAGGGGCGCACAGUGCUGGUGAUAGCGCACCGCCUGACCACUGUGAAGGGAGCCAGCGCAGUGGCGGUGGUGGCGGGAGGCGAGGUGGCGGAGCAGGGUGCGCACGAGGCGCUGGUGGGCGCAGGGGGCAUGUACGCCAGCCUCGUGCGCCGACAGCUGCAGUCCCAGGGCUCCCUCACGCUCAAGAGCGCUGCUGCCGCUGCUGCCGCUGCUGGUGGUGGUGCUGCUGGUGCUGCUGGUUCUGCUGGUGCUGCUGGUGCUUCUGGUGCUGCUGGUGCUGCUGGUGCUUCUAGUGCUGCUGGUUCUGCUGCCCGUAGUGCAGGCGGUUCUGGUGCUGCCGCUGCAGGGGCUGCUGCUGGGGGUACUGCUGUUGCUGGCACUGCUGCUGCUGGUGCUAACGGUCGUGCUGGCUUUGGUGGCGGCCCCGCUGGUGAGCCCUCUGGUGGUCCUGCCUGGCUGGACCUUCCUGCUUCAGGCUCCUCUGUUACGAGCGGCACUUGUCAGCUGACACGCAGGCAGGGAGUGAGAGGCAAGCAGGCAGGAGAGCGAGGGGAAGGGGGACGGGAAGGGGAAGGGGAAGGGGAAGGGGAAUGGCAAGGGGACGGGCAAGGGCGAAGGGAAGGGGAAUGGGAGGAGCAAACCUCUCCACGGGAAGAAGGGGGAGGUGUAGCCUCGGGUCCGUUGGCUGAGAGCCGUUCAUGGCAGCACCUGCUGUCGCGGCAACAGUCCCUGCAGCGCCGCUACUCCACCGUGUCCACCGUCUCUCCUCGCGAUCCGCCCACCCUCGCUCACACAGCCCUUGUGGUGUCGCCCCCCUCCCACACUCUUCCCUCCUCCUCCCUCACCAUGCCCUUCCUUUCUCUCGCGGCCAAUGCUAGUCCUCAACCUCCACCUGCCGCCUUCUCCUCCUACUUAUCCUCCUCCUCCCCCCCCUCCUCUUCCUCCUACUCUCCCCCUCAUGCCCCCCCAAGCCGUGCAAGCAGCACCAUCGGCUCUGCUAGUUCAAGUAACCCUGCACCAUCGCCAGCAAGGGCACCAGCAACCGUAUCACCAGCACCAGCACCAGCACCAGCACCAGCGCCAGCGCCAGCACCAGCACCAGCACCGGCACCGGCACCGGCACCGGCACCGGCACCAUCAGCAUCAUCAGCAUCACCAGCACGGCUCUCCACCCUGCUGCAGUCAGACCAGCGACCUGGGACCUCUUUGGAAACACAAAGCCUGCCUGUUGUGGACUCUCAGACCGUCCCCAUUACCUAUCCAUUCAACACCAACAGUCUUCUCACAUCGCCUUCCUUCUGGUCCUCCACCUUCUCCCCCUCGUCUCCUCCCUCCGCUUGCCAUGCCUCCUCCCGCUCCUCCUCCCCAUUCGUGUCCUCAUCUUCCCCCCCUUCGUCCUUCCCAUCCUCGCACCUCCCCUAUGGCAUCUCUACUCUGCUCUCUUCAGGUCACGCACCUGGCCCUUUUGUCUCCUCCACUUCCUCCUCCUCCUCCUCCUCCAUCUCAUCUUCCAUCUACCUCCCCUCCCUGUCGUUUCCGCAUUCCUCUGCAUCCUUUCUCCCUUCUUUUCUCCCUGCCUCCUCCCUCCCUGCUUCUACGCUCUCCCCCUCACCCCUUUUGUCAUCUUCUGCCUCCUCUCCUUCCCAUCCCACCGCUCUCCCCUCCUCGCACACCCCUUCUUGGUACGAACCACACGCCAUCUACCGUACACACAGCAUGUACAGCAAAAACAGCACAGACGGCACCCAUAGUGCACAUGGCAUACGCACUACCCGUAGCACACCGCCUAGCGUAUACAGCAGCCAUGGCAUGUACAGCAGCACCCUUACCCCACCUGCUGCACCUGCCACAGCUGCUGCCUCCCCUGAGGCACCAACAAGCAGCAGCAGCAGCAGAGAUGCAGGUACCACUACCUCGGCUGCUGCUGCGUCCACUGCUGCUGCAACCGCUCCUUCCUCUGUGACUGCCGGGACUAUUGCAGCCACACCCAGCAGCAACAGCAGCAGCAGCGGCACCGUCAGAACACCAUCAGCACACGAGUUCCUCGCCACUACAGCAACCACUGCUACUCCGCCUCACUUCUCCUCCCCUGACCCCUCCCACUAUUCUCCUUUGCGCUCCCCCCAACAAGCCAGACCACCUCCCCUCGCACACACAACAAGGGCUCCCUUGUCUCCUUCCUACCCCACCACCCCUUCCCGUCCCAUCCCCUCUGCACCCACCACCUUUGCCAUCCCCGCCCCUCCCAACAUGCCUCCCACCCCCGCAGGCCCCACCUUCCCCUCCUCUCCUCCGAGCACCCCGCCCUCUCAAGCCCCCUAUUCUCCCGUGCCCUCUGCUGUAUGGGCUUCUCCCAGCGGAUCCCCACUGCCUGCUGCUGCUGCUGCUGCUGCAGAGACGGGUGCAGGGGAGAGUGAUGGGAGUGUGAGCAGCAGUCCGUAUGCAUGGAGGGGUGUGAGGGAGGAGUCUGUUGGCACAGUAUCAGCAGGAGCAGCAGGAGCAGCACGGGCACCUGUUUUCAGCGGAAGCGGCUCAGUCACAAGCACCACUCCUGGCGAUAAUGGGGUUGGCCUGCCUGCUGCUCGUGCCAGUAGCGUCUCUAUGGGCGCCAGAGGCAGCAACGGCAGGAGCAGCAUGCACCUCAGCGAUCAUGAGGCACGACAGGCAGCGGCCCCACAACCAGUAGCACGAGCUGCAGGAGCAGCAGCAGCAGAAGAAGAAGCAGCUGCGGAAGGACACACCAGCAUAGCACGAGCAGCAUUGGAUAGCAAGUGGGAAGAUGGAGUGGGUGCUGUGGCAGUGUCAGCACAGCCAUUCCGUGCAGCACUGGCAGCAACAGCAGCAGCAGCAGGGCCAAGUGAAGCAGGAGGAGGGGCAGGUGUAGAGGAGAAACUGAGGGAGUUUGGCAACACACAUGUGCUCCUACAAGAGGGCUCAGUAGGGAUGCUGUUACAGAGAGGAAGUGAAGGAGGGGCGAGAGGAAGUGAAGGAGGAGUGUCAACUGCUGGCAAUAUUGGUGCGACUGCCAUCCCAGGUGUGACUUCGGCAGCUAGAAAUGAUGCAGUAGAGCAGGUAGUACUUGGGUCGCGGGCAGCAGUGCGGCAAUGGGGUGCUAGUGGCAUGCAACCAGAGGGCUCAGUUGCAGUUCUCGCUGGUACCCUCCCUAUUGCCACAAAAGGAGCAGCAGCACCAACACCACCGGCAGCAGAAGCAGCAGCAUCAGCAGGAGCUGCAGCUGCUGCAGCAGUGCCAUUAGAAAGAGUACCAGCAGAAGGAGCUUCAACUGUGUCCCCUCCAGCGGCAGGCGCUGCAGAUAUGGGAAUCUCUGCACGGGACGUCCUUUCAGACGGGUUGAUUGUUGUCAUGGAGGAAGCAGCAGAUACUACCGGCAGCACUAACAUAAGUAGGUGUGACUCUGGUUCACUAGAUGAUUCGUUGUAGGUACCAUACGGUACUAUUCCUCCCGCAACCAAGCGUCUUAGAGAGGCAUAGCCUUUUCAAGCAACCAACAUUUUCCAUGAAGGCCAAGUGUCUCGUGUUGCAGCAGUACAGGAUCUAUUAAGAGUCCUCCUGGGCCCUGGCCCAUGCCGUGCCAUCUACCAGGACCUCAUAUCAAGAUACCAGCACACUUAUGGCUGGAGAUUGAAACCAUCCUUAUGAG